GGCGUCAGCCUUCCAGCUCCAAGCCGCCGCGCUGAGCGCGGGUAAAGUUGAGCACAUGAAGAAUGCGCCUGGAAUCCGCCAACUGGAGUGAAUGCCUUUGCUCCAACGUCGCUUCGCCUCCGCUUUCUUCGUGGAAAGAAGAGGCUUGUGGGUAAAGGAGGCCGACUGCAUAUUGAUGUCACACGACACGGGUUGGAGGAGGCAGAGCAUACAGCGGCUGACAUCACGUAGAUACAAAUUGCACUGAAAAGUUGGGAGGAAAAAGCAGCGCAGGAGAGGUUGGGCUUUUUUGGUACAUAGGCGCAUCCACCAGCAGCGGAAAAUAAUCUCUUUUUUAUUGUUUUUAGGAACUCGCGCACUUAUCGCUUUUUUCUCUCCGUCAUUGUCCCUUCCGUAUUCCCUUCUGUAUGUUUAUAUUUUUACUUUAAAAGGAAGCAGAAUGGGAUUUGCCAUGCGCCUCAGAAAGGAAGAAAUUUGAAAAUUGACUGCACAGGCUCAAAGUUCCAGUCCACCCAAAGUCGGAAAACGAAGUAAACGCCCAGUCGCCCGCGGGAGGGGUUGGGAAAGAAAACAAAACAACAAAAAAGGAGAUCUAAUGAAAGCUUUGCUGCCGUGCCGGCGAAAACACUUUUGGGCAACUUUUCAAAAGAAGGGAAGGGAAAAGGGGAAAAUAUGUUAGAGGAGCCGGCAUUAUCUGUGUGUGCCUUCAGGGGUUCCCCCUAGGCGCGGCGUGGGUCUUGGACUAUUUUUUCCAUCAGUUUGCCUUUUUUUGAGUUCGUGUUUUUUUCAACUAAUUGCCUGCACUUCCCAAGGGCUUGUGCCUUUGCGCCUGAUUUUUUUUUGGGCCUAGCGGCGCGGGAUAUAUAAUCGAAAGGAAGGAUUGAACCACCGAAUGAAUGUGAAGAGGCUUCCAUUUUUAGGAGAGCCCGGGGAUAGAUAAGUAGUGCUGUUGUAUAUGCCUAAGAAGAAAGGGACUCGAUAAAGGAAUUAAGUAAAAAUGUCCGCUGGGAUGGCGAGACAUACAGAAAACUCUCUGAGUAAACUGGAAGCCAUGAUCAAGGACCCCAAGUGUGCGGUCAACUUGCACAGUUUGUUGGAUGCCAUGAAUGCAUUGGUUUUAGAUUUGGAUUUUCCAGCCCUUAAAAAAAAUGCCAACAUUGAAAAUUUUCUCAACAGAUAUGAGAAGAUUAUAGCAAAGAUUCGAGAACUUCAACUGAAAUCCGAGGACUAUGAAGCAGUGAAGGUGAUUGGGAGAGGUGCAUUUGGAGAAGUGCAGCUGGUGAGACAUAAAAUGUCACAGAAAGUUUAUGCAAUGAAACUUCUUAGCAAAUUUGAGAUGCUCAAGAGGUCAGAUUCAGCCUUCUUCUGGGAAGAACGAGAUAUUAUGGCUUUUGCUAAUAGUCCCUGGAUUGUACAGCUCUGUUGUGCCUUCCAAGAUGACCGCUUCCUUUAUAUGGUAAUGGAGUACAUGCCUGGAGGAGAUCUGGUGAAUCUUACAAGUACCUACGAUGUGCCUGAAAAAUGGGCCAAAUUUUAUACUGCUGAAGUUGUGUUAGCUCUUGAUGCUAUUCAUUCUAUGGGUUUCAUACACAGAGAUGUGAAGCCUGACAACAUGCUGCUUGACAAAUAUGGACAUUUAAAGUUGGCAGAUUUUGGGACGUGCAUGAAAAUGGAUGAGACAGGGAUGGUGAGAUGUGAUACAGCUGUUGGAACCCCUGAUUACAUAUCGCCAGAAGUGCUAAAAUCGCAAGGUGGCGAUGGUUACUAUGGUCGAGAAUGUGACUGGUGGUCUGUGGGUGUCUUUAUUUUUGAAAUGCUUGUUGGUGAUACUCCAUUUUAUGCUGAUUCGUUGGUGGGGACAUACAGCAAAAUUAUGGAUCAUAAGAAUUCAUUAAGGUUUCCAGAUGAUGUGGACAUCUCUAAAAAUGCAAAGGACCUCAUCUGUGCUUUCCUAACAGAUAGGGAAGUGCGCCUUGGUAGAAAUGGAGUUGAUGAAAUUAAAUGCCAUCCUUUUUUCAAGAAUGACCAAUGGACAUUUGACACCAUACGGGAGACUGUAGCCCCUGUAGUUCCUGAAUUAAGUAGUGAUAUAGAUACCAGUAACUUUGAUGAAAUUGAAGAUGAUAAAGGGGAUGUUGAAACCUUUCCAAUCCCUAAAGCAUUUGUUGGGAACCAGUUGCCUUUUAUUGGAUUCACAUACUUCAGGGAGGAUCCGUUGCUUAGUGACUCAAAUGUAUCCGCUAUAGAAAAUGAAAAUGGAACAUCUAAUAAAGGGGAGGAAAAUAUAGUGUUUUCCCAAGUACAAAAGAAACUUCAUCAGUUAGAAGAACAACUUCAUAAUGAAAUGCAAGCCAAAGAUGACCUUGAGCAAAAGUACAGAAAUUCUAGUGGGCGACUUGAAAAGAUUACAAAAGAGCUUGAUGAAGAGGUCAACUUAAGGAAAAACCUUGAAUCUAAUCUGAGGCAGUUGGAACGGGAAAAAGCAUUAUUGCAGCAUAAAAAUGUAGAGUACCAAAGAAAGGCUGAGAGUGAAGCAGACAAGAAGCGUUGUCUGGAAAAUGAUGUUAACAGCUUAAAGGAUCAACUGGAAGAGUUAAAAAGAAGAAAUCAAAAUUCUCAAAUUUCAAAUGAAAAAAAUAUUCAGCUACAAAGACAACUAGAUGAAGCAAAUUCAUUGUUACGUGCGGAGUCAGAUACAUCAGCCAGGCUGAGAAAAACUCAAACAGAGAUGACAAAACAAAUCCAACAGCUGGAAGCUAAUAGUCGAGAGCUACAGGACAAAUAUUGUUUGUUGGAAAAUGGCAAAUUGAAAUUUGAAAAGGAGUUUCUUAGUCUGCAGUCGGCAUUGGAGUUAGAAAAAAGGGACCGGAGCCAUGGUUCUGAAGUAAUCACUGAUUUGCAAGGACGAAUCUCUGGUUUAGAAGAAGAGCUUCGAAAUGUAAAAGCUUUGGUGUCCAAGGCAGAAAUGGAAAAGAGACAACUACAUGAAAAGUUGACUAACUUGGAAAAGGAAAAGAAUAAUAUUGAAAUAGAUAUGACAUAUAAAUUAAAAGUUCUGCAGCAAGCUAUUGAGCAAGAAGAAGCUGAACAUAAAGCUACUAAAGGUCGGUUAGCAGAUAAAAACAAAAUAUAUGAGUCUAUUGAAGAAACAAAAUCAGAAGCCAUGAAAGAGAUGGAAAGAAAGCUUCAAGAAGAAAGAACCUCAAAAAUGAAAGUGGAAAACAAUCUUUUGGAAGUUGAGAAACGGUGCUCCAUUUUGGACUGUGAUUUUAAACAACUGCAGCAGAAAUAUGAUGAGGCACAUCGCUUGAAAGAGAAGCUGUCAGAGGAGGUUAAGAACCUUUCUUUGAAGAUAGAACAAGAAACACAGAAGCGCAGUUUAACUCAAAACGACCUAAAGAUGCAAACUCAGCAAGUCAAUGCACUGAAAAUGUCAGAGAAACAGUUGAAACAAGAGAUAAAUCACCUUUUGGAGAUCAAAUUAACCCUGGACAAACAGAACAGUGAGCUUCGCAAGGAACGCCAGGAUGCAGAUGGUCAGAUGAAAGAACUUCAAGAUCAGUUAGAAGCUGAGCAGUACUUCUCGACUUUAUAUAAAACUCAGGUUAGAGAACUGAAAGAAGAAUGUGAAGAGAAAAACAAGAUUUGCAAAGAAAUGCAGCAGAAGGUUCAAGAACUUCAAGAUGAAAGGGAUUCACUAGCAGCUCAACUUGAAAUAACUCUGACUAAGGCAGAUUCUGAACAGUUGGCACGUUCCAUAGCUGAAGAACAGUACUCUGACUUAGAGAAAGAGAAGAUAAUGAAAGAGCUUGAGAUUAAAGAAAUGAUGGCCAGGCACAAACAAGAAUUAGCAGAAAAGGAUGCUACAAUUGGAUCGCUAGAGGAGGCAAAUAGGACCUUAACCUGUGAUGUUGCAAAUCUGGCUAAUGAAAAGGAAGAGUUCAACAACAGAUUAAAAGAAGGUCAAGAUCAAUUGCAGAAGAUGAAGGAAAGUGAGCAGUCACUUGGAAUAGUUAAACUUCAGUUUGAGAAACAAUUACAAUCUGAACGAACACUAAAGACACAGGCAGUGAACAAGCUGGCGGAGAUUAUGAACCGCAGAGAAAUCCGUGGAAGUGGAAGUAGGCGCGGAAAUGACACCGAUGUGCGCCGAAAAGAAAAGGAAAACAGGAAACUUCAGCUCGAGCUUCGUUCUGAGAAGGAGAAACUUAACAGCAUGAUGAUCAAAUACCAGAAAGAGAUUAAUGAGAUGCAAGCACAAAUAGCAGAUGAAAGCCAGGUACGCAUUGAGUUGCAGAUGGCAUUGGACAGCAAAGACAGUGACAUUGAACAGCUGCGUAAUCAACUUAUAUCCCUGAAUAUCCACAGUUCCGAUACAACAAGCAUUGGCAGUGGACCAGAUUUUGAUGUCGAUGAUACCUAUCCAGUUCGUAUAACUCAUUCUCAUACAUCGGAAUCCUUGUCUUUCACCUACAAACGAUCAUCUACUUCUGUCAGUAUUGAUACUAAGCCCUCCCAGUCCUGUAUGAUUUUUGACUCUGAUUCUGAUCUAGAGGAAGCAAGUGUGAGUGAACCUGAGCCACUCAAAUAUGAAUCUUCAGAGUGUGACAAUCCAGAGUCAAGAUUGGAAGGAUGGCUAUCACUGCCUUUUAGAAACAAUACUAAAAAGUUUGGAUGGGAGAAGAAGUACGUUGUUGUGAGUAGUAAGAAGAUACUUUUCUACAACAGUGAACAAGACAGAGAACAAUCUAAUCCUUAUAUGGUCUUGGAUAUUGAUAAACUGUUCCAUGUGAGAUCAGUAACACAAACUGAUGUGUAUAGAGCCGAUGCUAAAGAUAUCCCAAGGAUAUUUCAGAUAUUAUAUGCUAAUGAAGGGGAGAGCAAAAAAGAUCAAGAGUUUCCUGUAGAACCACUACCUAUUGGAGAAAAAUCCAGUUAUAUUUGCCACAAAGGACAUGAGUUCAUUCCAACACUGUACCACUUCCCUACAAAUUGUGAAGCUUGCACAAAACCAUUGUGGAACAUGUUUAAACCCCCACCUGCCUUGGAAUGUCGUCGUUGUCAUAUCAAGUGUCACAAAGAUCAUAUGGAUAAAAAAGAAGAAGUCAUUGCACCUUGUCGAGUUAACUACGACAUUUCUACAGCAAAGAACCUUUUGCUAUUAGCAAAUUCACAAGAAGAACAGCAGAAGUGGGUUAGCCGUCUUAUAAAAAAGAUUCCAAAGAAACCACCUGCACCAGAUCCAUUUGCUAGGUCCUCUCCAAGAGCUUCCAUGAAGGUACAACCAAAUCAAUCCAUGCGGCGACCAAGUCGACAGCAUCCACAAAGUAAACCAAGCCCACCGAGACCAGAACCUCCAAGGAUAAAAAGGGAAGAAUCCAGCAGUGAAAGUCUACCAAAUUUUAAACUUUAAAAUUGUUUCUGUUAUAUAUUUUGUUUAUGCAUUUGGACUGACUUUGUUUGGAAUUGAUUGCUAAAGAAUUGUUAUAGAAAGAGGCAUGGCUUUAUUUCUUAUUUUUCCCCUUCUGCAUGUGUUGUUCUCCUGUGUUCUCUCAGUGGUUUUUUUUUUUUUACUUGAUUAUAAACAGCUGUAUCACCAUAAUCAAAAAUGAAUUUGCAAGUAAUAUUAACUUGAAAAAUGAAAAUAUAUGGACCACUUUGAAAUAUUCUAAAAGUCUUCGGCUUUUUUCAUUAAUAUUUUAAUGGAAGAAUGUUUUGGACUUUAAUUCCCUUUAUUCUAUCCAACAUCUGCACUGUACAUAGAACACUUUUUUGCACAAGCAUGUAUUUUAUUAUAGUUCAGAAAUAUUAAAAAUAAAAUUGUAUAUUAGAUAUUUUAUGUGCAAUAUUUUCACUGUGGAAUUCAUUAUCACAUAACUCAAAGUAGCCGUUCUAAUAGAUAGAACACUUCAUCUUUGUUUUUGCUUGUGGGGAAUGACUUCUGAACUAAUGACCUUCUUCUUGUCUUUCCAGUUAACUGCCUUGUAUGGGAUUGCAGUCACGCUUCAAGGUGAUGGGUCUCUUCCUAACAUUUAAAAGACUGAUAUAUGACACAUCCUCCAAUGCACAAACCCAGAAAAUCUAUCAAUAUGCAUUUAAAUAUCACUGGUUUACAGCAUAUGGCAUAAGUGAAUUAAUAAAUACUAAUCCUGGGUCAGUACCUACAGCUUUUGGGCAUCUAACUGAAAUAUCAACGUUUGCACUGAGUGUGUCUUACAUCUGUGCACUUUUCUUUUGUCAAAGGUAUCUUUCCAAAUUGGUUAGUGUACCUCAUUCAGGCUUACAAAGUGAAAUGCUGCAAAGAGGUUUUGGAAAGAGAGAGAGCACUCAAGAAACUGUUGGAAUAGAACAUUCAAAGGAAGUUAAAAUUGUAUUGCACACUUAAAAUAUUAUUUUUCAAAUAUUAAUACUAGAAGAAGAGAGAGAAAAGUAAAUAGUGAAUACAACACCAGUACGUUAAUAACGUGUUUUUACCAAUGCAGCUGUGCACCUGUAAAAUGCCAUAGUAAGUGGUUCACACAAGCAUAAAUAUUUUAUAAAUAUCAAAGGCCGCAUAUGAAUGUUGGGCAGCUACAUUUGUGACAAAUAUUCAAAAGAUGAUUAUGAAGAAAAACACGCGCAUCAUUUCUUUUCAUAUCAACACAUUGCUAAACACCUACUUCAGUGUUUUCCUGUUCCUUGAAAGUGACAUUUACUUCUUGGAUAAAUGUUCAUUUAAAAUAGUGCACUAUAUUUAUGCAUUAGUAUUAUGUUGAUGUAUUCCUGUGUUUUGAAUGUAUACAACUACAUACCUUUAAAAAGGAUUGGAAAUACUAAUUGAACUAUGUAAUGUAAGAAGGAACAUGUACAAUAUUUCUUAUCUAAAUUAUAAUAUAAAUGAGUGACUUUAUUAUCCAACCAAGUCUUUUAAACUCUAUUGUGUAGAGUCUUCAUUGCCAUCACAAAGUGCUGACAUUUUGUAUUUGCCUUUAUGUAUUCUAGAUGUGUUUUAUUAUUCCUACAAAUUCUUGACUCUUUAUUUUUACUAAAACUUCACAGCACAUAUGUAAAACUUCUAAAUCCUUAAAUAUUUAUGAGUCAUACUGUAGAAUUGUUUUUAUUUUUUCUAUGAAGUUCUCCAUAAAUGAAAAACUAUAGAUACUAUAGUUUCUUGUGUCGACUGGCAAAUAUGGGAAGAUGCCUUAAAACUGGCAUUUAAGUGGGGGUGUGUGUAUAUAUUGUAUAUGAAUACAUACAUAUAUGUGUGUAUACUUAUACAUACAUACACACAUUUUUAUAUAAAUAUAUAUAAUGUAUAUAUAAAAAUACACACACACUCUUUAAAAUGCACACAUAAGUGCAAUGUGUGUCAUGGUGCAAAAAUAUGUAAUUUAUAUCUGUUCACUUAAUAUUUAAAAGUGCUAUUCAGAAAGUGCAUGUUUUAUACAGACUACAGUAUGUUAAAAUGUAAAGCAUUCAAUAAUAAAAUGAUGUAACCUUC